UCAUUAAUAUAAUUCUAUAACAUUGUAUUUAUUAAAGUGUAAGAUUUAAAUAUAAAACACAAUUACUAAAGUGUAAAAUUUUAAAAAAUUGUGACAAAAAAGAGAUUUACAAUUCAGUCUUACAAGAUCAAUAAUAAGCAUUUAUUAACAUAAUUCUAUAAUAUUGUAUUAUUUAAAAAAGGAGGAUUUACAGACAAACAUAAAAAUUUUAAACAUUCCCACAAUUACUAAAGUGUACAAUUUUAAAAAAUUGUGACAAAAAGAGAUUUACAAUUCAGUCUUACAAGAUCAAUAAUAAGCAUUUAUUAACAUAAUUCUAUAAUAUUGUAUUAUUUAAAAAAGGAGGAUUUACAGACAAACAUAAAAAUUUCAAACAUUCCCACAAUUACUAAAGUGUACAAUUUUAAAAAAUUGUGACAAAAAGAGAUUUACAAUUCAGUCUUACAAGAUCAAUAAUAAUUAUUUUCUAAAAACUAAUUACAGUACUAAUUAGUACUAAAACUAAUUCAUCCAUAAGAAAAUAGUAUCAUACAUACACACAUCUUUUAUUCUUACUUUAAAAAUGAAUAAUUCUAAUACAGAAGAAGGAGGAACAAUAAAGAAGCAGAAUGAGCUGAUGAUACUGCCUGAAUAGAUUGACUAAUAAUGGAUUAUGAAUGUAAAAUGGAUAAUGAUAAUGAUACGCGUAUGUGAGGAUUAUCUCUGUAAUAGUAUCAGCGAUGUUGACAUUUGGUGUGAACAAGGGAAUUGUGGUGACAGUUAUUGAGAGUAAUAAUCAAUACACGAUGGAGAAUUUGAAACCGCCACAUCCUUUGUCGUUCGAAGGAAGCUUGUCUAACAAUUUUGUGAAAUGGAAAAAGCAAUAUCUCAUUUAUUCUACGGCGGCAGGAGUAACUUCAAAAUCAGAAGAAGUUCAGGUGGCUGUUCUACUGCAUUGUUUGGGGCCUGAGGCACAGGAACGACUUGAUACUUUGGGACUGACGGUCAAAGAAAAUGGUGAUUGGAAAUUGAUUCUACAGAAAUUGGAGGACUACUGCCUUCCGAAAUCAAACGAAAGUGUGGAUCGCCACAUAUUUUUCAGUCGUAAUCAACAUGAUGGCGAAAGUUUUGAUGAGUUUUUACUUGAGCUCAAAAAACUAAGUUCAAGUUGUAAUUUUGGAUCACUCAAGGACAGUUUAAUCAAAGAUCGCGUUAUCAGUGGCAUCAACAAUGUGAACUUAAAAGAGAGACUACUAAAGGAGGAGAAUUUGAACUUGGAAAAAGCAGUAGAAAUUUGUAAAUUGUUUGAGUUGUCAGCUCAACAGCUGAAUACUUUACAGAAUUCUACAACAGUGGAGGGAGUUAAUGUGGUGAAAAAGACUUUUUCCUACAGUCACCUUGGAAAAUGGCCAUUCCUGCACUGA